AACAAAAAAAAUAAAAAUAGAUCAUGUUAAGUUUGCACGACAAGAAUAUUAUUAGCAAGAGCGCACUGGUAAAAGAAACAAAAAAAAUUAGACGAAGAGUACAGCAUACUGCAUGUACCAUAACACACCUGAUCAGCGCAAACAUAGCCGUUACGCCACACGAAAUCAAAAGAAAUAUGACCGUUACUUAAAACCCUAGACUCUUCUUUCUCGGAACAAGCUUCAUCACAAAAAACAGAGAAAAAAAAUUAGGAUGGUGAACGAAGAAGCAGGCAACAAUAAUGGAGAGAAAGUUGAAGGGUUAUUCAGCCCCAAGUUCCGAUCUGUUGCUGCUAUGGCUGGUUGGGACGAAGAAGCUCUUCUCAUUGCCAGUCUUGUUGUUGAAGAUACCCCCGAUCGCCCUCCUAAACACAAGAAACGUUCUGAUUUGCUGCAUUUCAAGACUCCCCCAACAAAUUCCAGAAGGAAAAGAAGGGCUCAGAAGAGGAGCCCCAUAACUGCGACUGUUCUUGAUCUUGAUGAAGAUGACACUGCAAAACAAGAAAGCGAGAAAAAGGAGGCAGAAUCAACAUCCAUUGAGAAAUUAGACAAGAAAAGAGGUGAAACAUCGGAAGAACAGGGUUGUUCUGUUUCAUCCUCUAGUAAGAAGAUAGAAUCAAAAUCCAUUGAGAAAGCAGACAAGAAAGGAGCUGAAGGAUCGGAGGCACAGAAAUGUUCUGUUUCAUCUUCUUCUUCAGCAUUUCCCUCCAUUGAUCGACUUCGUGAAGAGCUUUCUUGCGCUAUUUGUUUGGAGAUCUGUUUUGAACCAAGUACCACUCCUUGUGGUCACAGUUUUUGUAAAAAGUGUCUGAGAUCUGCUGCUGAUAAAUGUGGAAAGAAAUGUCCCAAGUGCAGGCAGCUUAUCAGCAAUGGUAGAUCAUGCACUGUUAACACAGUUCUCUGGAAUACAAUUCAACUUCUAUUUCCCAAAGAAGUAGAAGCAAGAAAAGCAGCGGGAGCUUUGACUACUAGAGAAGCUAAACGUCAAAGUCCAGUAAGAGCUGCUGCUACUCAUUCUAACAUUACAAGAGUCCUAGCACUUAACAGCACAGAAUCUGGUCCUAGUAGUCAAGAAAGAAGGAAUUCUCGUGCCAUGAGAAGACAAAGUGUCCGAGUUUCUGGAAUGCCAAGCAGAAAUCGAGACAUUAGCUCGAGGAGGGAGUUACCAAUCCAGGACGAGGAUGCUGCAUUGGCUCUAAGAUUGCAGAGAGAGGAGUUCAUGGAAACCUUCAGGAGAAGAAGUUCUGCUGAUGAGCAGUACAGGAGCUCUCUUGCUCUAGCCAGAGCAAAUUUGAGGGCCAUGGCAUCAAGAGCCAUUAACAGAGUCAAAGGAUCAGCAAUGAUGAGAUAAUGAAGCAACUUCCGUUACGUUGAUGGUGGCCCAAGGAAUUGUAUAUUACUAUACAAGCAGAGACAGACACGAAUAAGAUAAUGGUACUAUUAUAUGGGACAUGAAGAAUGCUUGGAGUAUUAUUAUUAUUAUUAUUAUUAUUAUGCCUCCAGAAAGGAUAUGAGAAUGUUGGAUGAAAGAGUUGAAAAGCUUA